CGCUCGCGCCCGCCCGCACUCCUGGGAAGUCUCGCGAUGCCGUAGCCGGCUGCUCCCGCAGCGGGUGGCUCCGGCUGUUGCUGUGGUUGCCUGAGUUGCUGCUGCGGCGGCGGGCGGCGGCGGUGCUGCUGGAGGUGUCGGCCCCCGGGCGGAUGUUGACAUUGUGUUGUUGUAAUUGCUGAUGGUAAUGGCGGCGGCGGCGACGGCCCGGACCCCAUCCCCUCUGUAGCCGGAGCGGAGACAGCCGGGAGCGAACUCCGCGGCCUCCGAGCCGGCGGCGCAGCGACUCCCCUCAGCCUCCGCCGCCUCGCCAGCCCGGCCCCCGGCGCCGGCCCCGGAGUCAGGCCCCUCUGGGCAGGGGGAGUCGGAGGCGCAGGAUGGCGGAUUUCGACGAGAUCUACGAGGAGGAGGAGGACGAGGAGCGGGCCCUGGAGGAGCAGCUGCUCAAGUACUCGCCGGACCCGGUGGUGGUCCGCGGCUCCGGUCACGUCACCGUAUUUGGGCUGAGCAACAAAUUUGAAUCAGAAUUCCCUUCUUCAUUAACUGGAAAAGUAGCACCUGAAGAAUUUAAAGCCAGCAUCAACAGAGUUAAUAGUUGUCUUAAGAAGAACCUUCCUGUUAACGUGCGUUGGCUACUUUGUGGCUGCCUUUGUUGCUGCUGCACAUUAGGUUGCAGUAUGUGGCCAGUUAUUUGCCUCAGUAAAAGAACACGAAGAUCGAUUGAGAAGUUAUUAGAAUGGGAAAACAAUAGGUUAUACCACAAGCUGUGCUUGCACUGGAGGCUGAGCAAAAGGAAAUGUGAAACGAAUAACAUGAUGGAAUAUGUAAGUUAA